UGCAGGAUGAAGAGCAGUGCAGUCUCGAGCCUCGCGUCGAUAGCAGCGGAUUUCUCUGUGCCCGGCUCUCUCCAUGCUCGACUGCUUCUUUUCAGAGCAACGAACAGCCGGUAGAUAGUGUGGUGCAGUGGCGAUAAUAAAAUACAUGAAAAGAAUUCCCGCCAGAUUAUGGGAACAUUCACGAAGAAGGUAGAUCUGUAUUGGAGAGCAACAGCGUGGUAUCAAUGAUAACAGACCAUCAGGCAGAAACUUCAAGGAACAUUGUCAAAUUAAAAAUCCCAUUUAGCAAAGAAUAUUCUGUUUUCGAGUAAAAGUUACACUACAAAACGAUAGUAUAACGCUUGCAAAUUGCAAAGAUAGGGUCGUAAUUGAUGACACGGAGAACAAAGAUGACGAUCGACACUUUCCUGAGUUAAUGAAACGAGAUUUUGGAGACUUCGAGUUUCGUAAAUGAGUGAGACGAAUAGUCGUCGAGGGAUCGGUCACGAUUUGGGGAUGUCGCCGUGCGCGAGGUGGACCUUGUGGCCGGCGAGAACGCGUUUCCGACGCUAUUCGACGAGUCUCGCAUGCUACCGGAAGUGCUGAUGAUGAACGAGCCGGAUCCACGAGGCAGAUCGAACUGGUGAUUUCGACGAACUUCGGUGCUUCUUGAAGAAGUGAUUCCCUCGAUUGUUUUCUUGACUCUCUUCGUUUCUCUUACGUUCGACUCGUUGUUCUGCAAGAACAGUGGAAAAGAUUUAUCUUUCUGAAGGAAACGAAAACGGGCAGUGCCGCGUUGUUGAUAAUUGGAUAUUUUAGGUGGCAGACCGGUGAUCCUAUAGCCAUGGACUGGCGGGGGAUCGCGUUGGCAUUUUUAUUGAUCACAAUAGCGAGGCACAGCACCACACACGCGGCCCAAAUACCCGAGCAGCUGCCUACAUCAACCGUUGCGAUUGCGAGCACUGUGCAAAUCGAGUGCGCGAGCGAGUCGAUAAUUGUCCACAUCUCGACGGAGGGUAACACGGAUUUCCAUGGUCUGGUCUAUCCACGGGGGUUGUCGAAGAAUAGCUCUUGCUUGCAAGAGUACAGAAGCCAACACACCCCUAUUACUUACAACCUACCCCUCAGGUCUUGUAACACCAUGCCCACCGAACUGGACGACGGCGGUAUCGAGUACUUCAACACUAUCGUGGUGCAGCCACACCUGAAGCUGAUCACGAACCAGGGCAGAGGUUUUCACGUGAGAUGCCGAUAUCAAACGCGAGACAAGGUAGUAACGAACGAUCAAACCCACGUGGCGAUGCUGCAGUCCCUGCCACUUCAGGCAACAGCUCCUAUGCCAGGAUGCACGAUGAAGAUCUUCAGCGGAGAUCCAACGAGGCAUCAAGUGGCGGAAAACGUAAAGAUCGGAGACCCUCUGACCUUGGUCAUUAGCAUCGACAAACAGGAAAUGUUCGGGCUCAAGAUCUCCGACUGUCUGGUGCGCGACGGCCUAGGAUGGGGAGAGCAGAGGCUUAUAAACGACGAGGGUUGUCCAGUAGAUGGUGAAAUUAUGGGACAAUUCACGUACAACGAGGAUAAAACGGAGGCAAAGGUGAACUUCCAGGCGCAUAAAUUCCCCUAUACAGCCAGUGUCUACUAUCAGUGCAAUGUCAGAUUAUGUGUAAAACACGGUGGAGGAUGCAGCAAUACGCCACCAGCGUGUAAUUCAGUAUCGAGACGACGCAGGGACACUGCGAAUGACAAUACAGUGAAAGAUGUGGUAGGCCUGGACGGAGGUACACCAGCAACCAUCGAGGUUUACAGCGGACUGUACGUGAACGAAGCCUCGGACAUUGGUUCCAAGUCGGACUACUCCGAAGAUGUCUUCAGAGAAAGGACUAUCGACGAUCCAAAUGACAUCUGUAUAUCGCAGAGGAGCUUCGCCAUCGGCAUCGCGAUCGCGGGUCUGAUCCUCAUGCUGAUGGUGGUCGCGGCUAUUUUAGCGUUACUGGCUAAGAGACGACAUAAGACUGUCUCGACGACGGGUUCAUCGAUCUACAGCGGACCUUACACGAACACAGCGUAUAGUCACAGCAGUUAAGUUUCGCCGGAACCUCGAUAUCCUCGUACAAACGAGGUGAUUCGAAUGAGAAAAAAAAAAAAAAAAGAAAGAAACGAAAAACUUCAGCCACAUGGUAGCUGAUCGAACGAACAGUCGAUCAAUCGACUGAUUAAUAUCGAGAGAGAAAUUCUUUCAAUUUAUGUCGAUUCUACGUUAAUCUCGAUGCACCGAGGCGUAGAAAAUUUAGGUGGAUUACAUGAGAUUUUGCUCAACUGCCGACGCUAUUGUUGCUUCUUCGAGAAAAUAGCCCAGAACCCAAUGGGUUCGAACACGUGAUCGAAUGUGAUGGAUUAAGAGGAUACAACACUUUGAGGCAGUAAAAAUUUUUUUUUCCAUCUACAAACUUCAAUGUAAUCUUUCUUCCAAAAUGUUAAAAGAAAUCUCAAUCCAAAUUGAAUUGUAAAAUAUGCGUUGCAUAGAAUAUUUCUUCAGAAUUAAAAGAAAGUCGAUUUCAAAGCAAACAGAUGAGAGAACAAUUUUUUCGAGAAGAAGAGAGAUUUUGAUAUAGAUAACAUUUUACGCUCCAAAAAUGAAAAUGUUUAAUCUUUUUAAAAAGAUUCUUAAAUGUUUAAUCUUUUUAAAUCGUCAGAGUGACGUAGCCCCUUGAUCAAGAAAUUUCUACGUAUUUUAUUCAGAUACGUUUCUUGCCAUCCGUUUAAUAACUCGUCCUCAACAGCUACUUUUUCGAUACUUCCCGAAUUGUGAGAUUAUUCGUAAGAAACACGUGUUGGAACCUGAGCAGUUUUAGAAAAAUCCUAGCCUAGCCCCAAAACAACUUCAAACGAAUCGAAACACAAAAUCCAUAGGAUUAACUUUAAUAUAUACCUACGUUAUAUAUUAUUAUUUUUAUUAUUAUUAUUAUAUUAUAUAAUAUUAUAUACAUAUUGUAUACUAGUCCGGUAUACGCUGUCCUAGCUAACCUAGCAGCCGCACUAAAAACAGAAGGCGCGCACCAUAUGAAUAUUCUCUCUGUCUCCGCUAUCCCGGUAAUUUAACUUAAUCACCAGCGCAGAACGAUCCACUCUAGCGUUUAAGGUGAAGUCGACAGAGAUAGUACUUGUUAAGCGAAUCAAACGCCCCAGUGAUUUUUAACUAUCAUUCAUAUUUCCCUACUACCCCGACCUCCUAGCCAAGUGUUGCAUAUUUCCUAUUCCCGUCUCUAUGGCAAUCUCUCCUCGAUAUUUAUAGUUACGGUCUCUUUAUUUCUACUUCUUUUCUUAAAAUUUUGUGGCAAAGAAAUAAUCUCUGGCUCGGUGGAGUUCGAUCAGUUAAACCUUUAAAUUCCAAAAUAAAUAGACUGUGAAUUUUUAUGCAAAUUUACAAUACUCCAGAGCUAGAGAAGUGAAACGAUAAAAGAUAAAUAAAGAAUUUUUCACUCGCGAGAUAUUAUAAGAGACAUUUGGGAUAUUUUAUUAAGAUACUAUAAUACAUUUUUCCUAUUUCAUUAAAAAUACGACAGAAUUAUUUAUUUAUAACGAUACGUCGGAAGAUUAAUCGAUUAUAUAGCUGAAAUUCGUGUGAUAGUAGUUUACAGUCAGAUUUCGUUCAAGAUAAACGUAAUUAAUAUUAAAAAAAGUCCUACUGCUUUUUUAGAAAAAUUUUUCAACAUUUUUCUACUGAAAAAUAAGUAGAUUUAUCAUUCAACGCAAUGUACAUUUGCGUUUUUACAUUUCCUACAAGUGCAUAAAAGUUCACAGUCUAGUUACCGAGCCUCCAGAAGGACAGAAUCUUCGACUAAGAUCUAAAUUAUACAUGUAUAAUUUCCUCAGGGCCAGCGGUAAAACAAGUCGAGAACACUUGAUCAGCUCCUGGCUAAUCGAUCAGAGACAAGUUUCUGUACGUUCGAACGAAUCAAAGCUGCUGCAAACGAGCAACUCGGCAAACUUGUAUAGGAUGCAUCGAUUAUUACGUGCUUCCGACUAUGUGCUACGGUGUUUCGUGAGAUUGAGAGUCCUGUUGCCGCGAGAACGAGGAGAAAAGAACCACGUCGCGUUUUAUGCACACCAAAGACUAAAAAGGUGUUAGAAACAGGAAUAUACAUCAUCGUUCAUAAAUGUCUGGAGACUUUUAUCAAUUUGUAGAGAGUAAGAAUUGCAAAUAUUAUUUUAAUGAUAAAAUAACUAUUAAUUAGUAUUUUUUAUGAUAUCAGCAAACCAUGAAUCUAAAUUAUUGACUGUAUUAUGAUUCUAUUACUAUUUAUCAGAAAUCUCAUUAUUUUGUCAGAAAUUUUUUUACUAAUUUGAAAAAUCUCCCUGGAUCUAACCUAUGAUUCAGAAAUUAAAGAAUUUAAAGAUAAAGAACUUGUCGAGAAUUAAAUGUCUGACAAUUACAAACAACAUUUUUUCUAUUGCUUGUUAGUUUUCAAAAUUUAAUUUAAUCGUUUCGUAGUAUUAGUUAACAUACUGAAUUAAAAUGAAUGUUUCACAUGCACCAAACUAAUAUUUAUAAACACGAUUAAAAAUAAAAGUAAAAUCAUUACAAUUCGAUUUAUCUGUAAUUUUACAAUGAAAUCAAAUAUGCAAAAAGGGGCCAGACAUUUCUGAACGAUAAAAUAUAAACCAAUUGGACGUCUCCUCGUGUACACGACCACGGAACAUUUGCAUGAAUGUGGCAAUAAACGAGUGUAUAAUCCAUUAUAACGCUUAAACGUAAACUAGUUUCCAUUGAAUCGAGGUGCUGCUCCGAAAACAAUACCCUCAUUUUACAAGAUACUUCUGAUUCUUAUCUGGAUAAUAAAUAAACAUCUGUUAAUGAACAAUGUAAUUUACGUUCGAAUCGGAAAUACCUUGUAUGAUUUUUUUCGUCAUUUCUUCGAUUCUUUUCCGACAAAAAGUUAAUUAAUAGAUAAGAUACUCUAGUGACAUUUCUGUGGAGUGGAAAGAAUCGAAAAACGAGAGCGAGGGUUUUAUUAGUCGCGUGGAGCGUUCUUUUUAUUUUAGUUCUUUAAUUUGCGAAGAAAAAAAAAGAAAAAUCGCGUAACUGGGACCAACGUGGUGGUGGGUACAGAUCGUAAAAAUUUACAGUUAAAGAGAACAGAGGGAGAAAAAGAAAUGAAAAAAAGAAUGGACGCGCAAACGUAACACUCGUAAUCAAUAAGCAAGGAAUUAAGAAAACGAACAAAAAAAAAAGAUAUAAAAAUGUUGUAUGUUUAUGAUUCGGAUUACAUGAAACCGUUUGUUCUGACUAACGUUCUUUGUGCACCUACGAUCGCUUUCAGUUUGAGUAAAAAACAUCGAACGACGUGAAUUUUUAAGAAUUUUUAAAAAAUUUAUAAUUAUUAGAAUGAUUUAAUUUGUUUUCUUUGAAUUCAAUUUUUCAAAAUAUUUAUUCUUAUACGAUUAAACUAUAAUGACACCCAAUAAAUACUUAAGAUCAUAUUUACAUGCAGAAAAUUCAUUAAAAAAAAGAAAAAUAGUUCAAAUCAUUUGAAUAGCUAUACUAAAUCUAAUAUUCUUACUUUAAAUUAAAUUAAAAAUAAUGAAAAUUCUUCGUCACGAUGUUUUGUAAAGUUUGUAACAAAGUGCAAUAAUUUCAGGCGAUCUAUGGUGUAGAAAGAUUAUAAGAUUACGUCGAAAGCACUCGACGAAUGUAUAACAAACGAGCGUUGUCGUUUCGUCGUAUUCGUGGCACUGGUUCAUAGCGACAUUGGGGAUAAAAAUGCCUGUAUAGAGUUCUUUUUGUAAGGAUACGCGAUUCUCUUCUCUAGAUCUUGCAAUGUUUCUCUGGACCCUUGUCCAAAACUUACAACGAACUUGUGUAAAUAACGAAAACGUAAUAAAUCUUGUAACCAUAAA